UAAUCAAAUAUUUAAUGAAAGUGAUCCACCUACCACUUCGAUUGUUUAUGCUUACUAUGAUCCUGGUGUCAAUUUUACUGAUGGAACUGUUUUGAAUUUGCCCGUUGGUGUUUAUUUCCAAAUUUCCGCUAAUAAUUCAUUUCCAAAUAAUACAUUACCAACCUUGCAAUCAUACCCAGUAAUACAUCUUAUGGAUCCAGAUUUAAUUAUUAGCGAGAAUAAACACGCUGAUACAAAAUUUACCGAACUUUCAUCUGAAAGUACUAAUUUAUAUGCUCUUUCACCAUACCAG